GGAAGAGUUUCAGUGUGCUGCCAGUCUGCAAGCUGGAGAGACACUCACAACGACACGAGCAAGGAACGCCUUCAGAAAACUAACUUUGCUGCAAACUUUUUGCAUCUUUCUCUCAGUGGAUUUAGGAACCGCUUCUGUUUUUCUUGCUGCAAGACAGAAAGACUGCGAUGCUUCCCUUCUACCUCUUGACUCUUGCUGCCAUCAUCCAGGCUCACAGCCAGCUGCUGCCGGGCUCAUGCAGCUUCGAGUCCGACACCUGCGGGUACACGUCGGACGCUGACUUCCACAGCUGGGUCCUGCACAGAGACGGUCGCUUUGUGGCCGUGGAUGCGGACGACUUCACUGAGGCCCCCCUGCAGGACCCCCCAGUGGAACCCACAGCGGCCCCCAGGGCCGGCGGGGAGAAGCUGGGGGUCCUGCUGAGCCCGGCCCUGGAUCAGUCGGAGUGGAGCUGCCUCCGCCUGGUGUACCAGAUCAGCGGCUCGGGCAGCCUGGAGGUCCUGCAGCGCUCCGGCGGGAGGAGCUUCGACCGGCCGCUGUGGAGCAGCCGGACCCCCUCCGACAGCUGGGUCAUCUCAAGCAUGGACCUGGACAGCGACGCCGAGCCCACCAGGAUCGUCGUCGAGGGUCGGCCGGGGCCCGCCGCCGGCAGCAGCGUGGCCAUAUUUGAGAUCCACAUCAGCCCCGGUUACUGCCUGGAGUGCGACUUUGAGGAGUCUCACCUGUGUGGGUACAGCAACCAGUGGAACGCCAACGUCAACUGGUACGUGGGGGGAGGAGGCGGCCAGCUGCUGAGCAACGACAUGCAGCACGACCACACCUACAACAACCGGACAGGUCACUUCAUGUACGUGGACUCCGUCUACGCCAAGACCUUCAAAGAAGUGGCCAAGGUGGUCUCGCCGCUGACCACCGUGCCCAUGUCGGGCUGCCUCAGCUUCCAGUACCAGCGCAGCGAGGAGCGGGGGAACCUGUUCUCCGUGUACACCCGGGACCGCCUGGGCCAGUACCAGGAGCUGUGGCGGGCCGGGCCGGAGAGCCAGAGCCAGUGGAGCGACGCCACGGGGGAGUGGAUCCCCGCGCAGGUGGACCUGAAGGCGCCGUACUCUGUCCAGGUGGUCUUUGAAGUGGCGUUUAACAGUCCGAGAGGCGGGCGGGUUGCGCUUGAUGACAUUUCCUUUUCUCCGGAGUUCUGCAGUAAAGACACUGAGCCGACCUUUGACCCCUCCAUCGCCAACUGUGACUUCGAGUCCGGGUUGUGCCGCUACACCCAGGACCAGGCGACGGGGCUGUCGUGGAGGAGGGUGUCGGUGAAGCCCAACAUCUUCAGGAAUGGAGACCACACCACCGGAGCAGGAUCGUUCCUGCUGGCCCACUCCCGCCUGGGCCCGCGCUCCGGCUACGUGAGCGCCCUGACCGGCCCGCUCCUGCCCGGCAACAUGAAGUACUGCCUGAGGUUUUACUUCUCCCUGAGGGGGUUCAACCAGACGGACCGGGCGCUCACGGUCUACCUGCUGCAGCCGCACAGCGGCCGCCAGGAGAAGAUCUGGACUCAGGGGGAGAAGUCCAGGGGAAUCUGGAUCGCAGCGGAAACCAGCUUCCAGACAACUGAGCCGGCAAAGGUGGUUUUCGUCAGCACGUGCAGGAGCUUCUGGGACUGCGGCUCCGUGGCUCUGGACGACUUCUCCAUGAGUCUGGGAGACUGCGAGCUGACUGCAGGCUCGUCUCCGUCUCCCCUCCCAGGAUGCUGUGACUUCGAGGCCGGGCUGUGCGGCUACUCUCAGGACAAACAGAGCGACACUGUGGACUGGGAGUGGAGGCGAGGGCCCACACCGACCUCCUACACGGGGCCCCGAGGGGACCACACCACGGGGCUGGGAUACUACCUGUACCUGGAGGCGUCGCCGCUGCUGCCCGGUCAGAGCAGCCGGCUGCGGUCCCGCCCCAUCCGGGGGACCCGGGGCCCCCACUGCCUGCGCUUCUUCUACCACAUGUACGGCUCGGGCACGGGCCAGCUGCGCGUGCACGUGGACAGGGACGGCGAGGACGAGGUGGUGUGGCAGCUCGGCGGCGAGCAGAGCGUGGCCUGGCUCCGCGCCCAAGUGGAGUACCGGUGUGACAGCCAGCAUCAGAUCGUGUUUGAAGCCAUUCGCGGUUCCUCGGUGAGGAGCGACAUCGCCAUCGACGACAUCGUCUUGGAAGGCGGGCCUUGUCCAGAAAUGGAGAUCCGGGCCACGGUGGGAUCCUCCAACGAGAUCGAGUAGAAGGACGAAGGACUGAAACAGCAGCGUAGGAUGCAUGAACCCCCCACCCCCCAGUGCCCCCCCAAUGGUUGUUUUGCACAUCGUAGACGACUGAAAAGCGUUGUCGACUCCUGACUGUCUGACGUCUGUCUGAACAUGUGGACAAAGGAAAGGCGAAGUAGUUGUACAGAGCAGAACAUAUCGGUGGCGUCACGGCGGCCUCUCCUGGCUGCACUGUAGCGGCGCGGGAGCUGCUCAGUGGUGCUUUUCUUCACAUUUAUAUGCAUUAGAUUAAUGCUCACUGCUCAAAUAAAGCAACA